CCCGGCUUCUGCUUUUCCUCCCUAAAACCCUACCGAGCUUCCAUAGCUUCAGCUUCCUUUGUUCUCUUCCCUCUCAUUCUCGGCGUCCUAUAGUUCACCGGCGUGCCCGACAGACUUGGAGGUGCCCGCAUAAAAAAUGCCGAAGUCCAAGAGAAACAGACCAGUUACGUUGUCGAAGACGAAGAAGAAGGGGAGGGAGCAUAAGGAAUCGGUUGUUAACUCAAUAAGGGAGGCAGUAGAACGCUACAACUCAAUUUAUGUCUUCUCUUUUGAGAACAUGAGAAACCUCAAGUUUAAGGAGUUCAAGGAGCAGCUCAAAUCCUCCAGCAGGUUCUUCCUUGGUUCGAAUAAAGUCAUGCAGGUUUCUCUGGGUCGGUCUGCCGCAGACGAGAUUAGACCCAGACUCCAUAAGGUUUCUAAGCUUCUGUGUGGAAACACUGGACUUUUCCUAACUAACUUGUCAAAAGAAGAGGUACAAAGAUUAUUCAAUGAGUUUGAAGAAUGCGACUUUGCCAGAACAGGAAGUAUUGCCACCGAGAAGGUGGAGCUCAAGGAAGGUCCUUUGGAGUUCACCCAUGAGAUGGAGCCCUUCUUACGCCAGCAAGGGAUGCCUGUUCGAUUGAACAAAGGUGUAGUAGAGCUCGUUUCAGAUUUUGUUGUGUGUGAAGAAGGGAAGCCCUUGUCUCCGGAGUCUGCUCGGAUACUGAGGUUGUUGGGAAUCCAGAUGGCUGCCUUCAAGCUUCAAUUGGUAUGCAGGUGGAGCCCUGAGGAUUUCGAGCUUUACAUUAAAGGACUGGAUGAGUCCGAUGUGGAAUCGUCAUAAAAAGACACCACUUAUGGUGCAAUUUUGUCUGAAGUUAGAAGAUUUUCAUAUAUAUCUGGCACUAGACCUGGGUUUUACAUCUCUGAGUUGUACUUUUGGCAGUGUGCGAUGCAUCUCGACUUGAUGCAGUAGUUCUGGCGUGGGUCUCUCUUACCCUUAAUCAUUUAGUAGAGCAACAACUCUUGUGUGCGUUCCGUAUGAUUUGUGAUAUAUUGAUUGGUUUUGAUCCAUUAA